UGAGAAUAAUUGAAAUCCGAAAACACUACUGUAAAAACGGCGUUAAAAAAUUUACCGAAACUAAUAUUUAUUUUAUUUUUUUAUUUUACGAGUUAGAAAAUAUAUAACUAUAAACACAUUUUGAUGGCAACGCCACUCGGUCAGCCACAGAUGGCUGCAGCUUCUGGCAGUGCCACACAAGAACACAGUGUAAGAGUUCUGAAAGAUCAUAGGAAGAUUUACAAGAUGAUGAAGUUUUCCUCUGGCAAUGAGUUGGACUUUGUAAAACUUAGCGAGACACCAGUCAGAAUGGAGAGGGAAAAUAACUUCAAAGAGUACAAAACAGCUAAUGAUAUAGAUCAGAUGCCAAAGUUUGGGGCUGGUAGUGAGUUUGGCAGAGAACAAAAAGAAAUAGCCAGAAAAAAGAAGUAUGGAAUCAUGAUGAAAAAUUAUAAUCCAAGUGAUCAGCCAUGGCUUCUAAAGAUUGGCAAAAAUAAAGAAACGAAAAGAUAUAAAGGUGUGAGAGAAGGAACAAUAACAGAGAACACAUCAUAUUACAUAUUUACCCAAUGUUCUGACGGAGCAUUUGAAGCAUUCCCUGUAGAAGAAUGGUAUAACUUUUCUCCAAUGAUAAGAUACAAAUACCUCAACUCAGAGGAAGCUGAAGAAGAGUUCAGCAGACGAGAUAAGACAUUGAAUUAUUUUUCUAUCAUGGUACGGAAGAGAUGUAGAAAUGAUGAAGAUCUCGAUAAAGUUGACGAAGAGGAGAAGAAUCUCAAAGUGAAGACUUCAAAGAAAAGUAGUAAAGAUUUAGUGUUAACAGAUAUAGAUGAAUGGUUUGAUAUAUCAGAUGAUGAUGAUGAUGAUGACAAUGAUGAGGAAGAUGGUGAUGAAGAUUCUAAAAAGAAGAAAAAGGGUAAAAAGUUAGCCAAGAAAGUAAAGAAGAAGAGAACAGCUAAACAUAACUCUGAUGAUGAGGCUAUAGAGGAAAGUGAUGAGGGAGAUUACGAUGACAAGGAAGUAGAUUAUAUAUCUGAUUCUGGAAGCUCCUCUGAAGAAGAAGGAGCUAAAAAAGAUAAAUAUGAAGAGAAAGGUGUUGAUGAAGAAAAAGGUCUUAGAAAAUUGAUAGGUUCUGAUGAAGAAGAGAGUGAUGAAGAAGAAAAGAAAGAAGAGACUAAGGAAAAAGAAGAAAAAACAAAGAAAGGUGAUGAAGAUGAAAGUAGUAGUUCUAGUUCAGGUGAAGAUUCUGAUAUAGAAAAAGAUGAAGGUCUCGCAUCAGCAAUAUUUUUACAGCAAGAGGCUAAAAGAAAUUCACCAGUGCCGAGAUCUGAUACACCUAGCUCAAUGGAGACUGAUGACAAGAAAUCAAUGAAGAGAAAACUAGAAGGAGAAGCAUCAUCAUCAAAGAAAAUGAGAACAGACAGUCCUAGUGUAGGAGGUUCUAAGGAAGGAAUUACAGAAAGUGCAAUACGUCGAUACCUUAUGAGGAAACCUAUGACACCAAAAGAGUUAGUUCAAAAAUUCAAGUCGAAGAAACUGAAUAUAUCAAAAGAACAGAUGACAUCUACUAUAGCUCAGUUGUUAAAGAAAAUUAAUCCAGACAAAAAGAUUAUAAACAAAGCUAUGUACCUAUCAUUAAAAUCGUCAUGAAUA